CAGAACGCGAUCAGUCAACAACACAAUUGAAAAUGCUGUGCGCAAUAUCUGGUGAAGCUCCGCAAUUCCCUGUGGCUUCUUCGAAGUCCGGCACCGUCUACGAAAAGCGCUUGAUCGAGGCUUAUAUCACGGAGAACCACAAGGAUCCAGUGAAUGGGGAGGAACUCGAGAUUACAGACCUCAUCGACCUCAAGUCUGCCAAAAUAGUUACUCCGCGACCACCAGCUCUGACGUCCAUCCCAUCUCUGCUGUCGACUUUCCAGAACGAAUGGGACUCUCUUGCGCUCGAGUCGUUCACAUUAAGGCAACAGCUCCAGCAGACGAGACAAGAACUGGCCACGGCACUUUAUCAGCAUGAUGCAGCGGUUAGAGUUAUUGCGCGACUGACUAGAGAGCGCGAUGAGGCCCGAGAUGCGCUGUCGAAAGUCACAAUCGGAAGUGGAGGCGCCAACAAUGGGGAUGCUAUGCAGAUUGACAGCCAAGGACUUCCUGAGGAGCUUGCUGCCAAAGUGGACGCUACACAAGAGAAACUUUCCAAGAGCCGUCGAAAGCGACCAGUACCUAAGGAGUGGGCCGAUUCAGAAGUCAUUGAGAAGUUUGGUGUUGCUAUUCAGUCAGAACCUCUAUACCCAGGCUGUACAUCACUCGCUGUAGAUGAAUCUGGUCAGCUGGCUAUCGUAGGUGGAUCCGAUGGGGUUGUCGGCGUCUAUGCUAUUCAGGAAAACAAGGUUCAGCAGUCUUUCAAGGCAGGCAGCACUGUUACGGGAGCUGUCUGGUAUGGAGCACAGCCUGUGGUUUCUACUUCCUCUGGAGCCAUUAAGGUCUUCGGAGAUGACGAGAUUACCUUCAAUUCACAUGCAGGCAGCGCAAAUGCGAUUGCUCUCCAUCCUAGUGGCGAUAUUCUUGCAUCUGUGGGUGUAGACAAGAGCUUCGUUUUCUACGAUCUACCAGGAGGCAAGGCUGUCACUCAAGUCAACACUGACUCAGAAUUAACUACAGCGGCAUUCCACCCUGAUGGACAUCUCUUUGCAGCUGGAGGUGCUGAUGGACAGAUCAAACUGUUUCACGUGAAAACUGGAGAGAAUGCGGCAAACUUUGAAUUGGGAGGGCCUGUACAGGACCUUGCAUUCUCGGAAAACGGUAUUUGGUUUGCAGCUGUGGCGAAAGGCUCCAAUAGCGUUGUUGUGUUCGAUCUCCGAAAAGAGGGGAAGGCUGCCGAGGCGAAGAUCUUGGAAAUUGGUGGACAAGUCGACAGCAUUCGAUGGGAUUACACAGGACAGUAUCUUGCUGCCUCGGGACCAAGGGGUCUUACUAUCUCGCAGUAUACCAAGUCGUCGAAGUCAUGGUCAGAUGUCAUCAGCACAGCUGUACCAGCAACUGCGGUGGAGUGGGGUCCGGAGGCGAAGACUCUGAUCACUGUCAAUAACGAUGGGGUGGUAACUGUGCUUGGAUGAGUCAAGAUUACGGAGUUUGGGCUUUGCAAUUCUGGCUUCUGGCAAAAGAAAAAUCUGAACAGUUUGUUGCAUGUAAUGUACUUCUAGAAACGGCGAAUACCAAGAACUCAGGAAUUCAAUGCAGAUUUAUGGAUUGU